AUGCACAGGAGAACAAACCAUAGGUGGACAAAUCAAUGGAGGAACAGCACUGGAGGACAAGCCAGUGGAGAACAAGGCAGUGGAGAACAAGGCAGUGGAGGACAGGGCAGAGGAGGACAGGGCAGAGGAGGACAGGGCAGAGGAGGACAGGGCAGAGGAGGACAGGGCAGUGGAGGACAAGGCAGUGGAGGACAAGGCAGAGGAGGACAAGACAGUGGAGGACAAGACAGUGGAGGACAAGACAGUGGAGGACAGGGCAGAGGAGGACAGGGCAGUGGAGGACAGGGCAGUGGAGAACAAGGCAGUGGAGAACAAGGCAGUGGAGAACAAGGCAGUGGAGAACAAGGCAGUGGAGAACAAGGCAGUGGAGAACAAGGCAGUGGAGAACAAGGCAGUGGAGAACAAGGCAGUGGAGGACAGGGCAGUGGAGGACAGGGCAGUGGAGGACAGGGCAGUGGAGGACAGGGCAGUGGAGGACAGGGCAGUGGAGGACAGGGCAGUGGAGAACAAGGCAGUGGAGGACAAGACAGUGGAGGACAAGGCAGUGGAGGACAAGGCAGUGGAGAGCAAGGCAGUGAAGGAUCUGUACAGAAACAUCAGCAAAAAAAUAAAGACAAAUCACAGGAGGGCAAAGCAGUGGAGGAUCAACACAGGAUAUCAAAAACCUGUGACUCUAUGACCUUUAGAAUCUUUAACUAUGAGAGUUGUUUCAAUUCCAGAAGUACUACAUGA